GUUGUGAAGAGAUAGAAUGUGAUAAAUGUGGAGAGAAAUUUGCUGGUAUAUAUAAAGGAAUAUUUGGUAAUGCUUGUAAUGGAAUAUUAGGCAUUUGCGAGGAUAUUUGCAAGGGCAUUUGUGAAGGCAUUUGUGAGAGUAUUUGUGCAGAAAGUUGCAAGGGUAUUUGUGAGGGUAUUUGUAAGGAUAAUUGUAAUGGUGGUUGUGAAACUAGUUAUUGUAAUAGUUGUAAUGAAA